CUUAGUACUUACACGUAGGCUUUCGAAAGAGCCUGAGCCCAAGAGCACAAUUUCAGCAAGGAGCCGUGUCGAACAGUGCGUAAGCCCGUGCUUGCCUCGUCGGAAUGACACUGAGGUCCGAAUAUGCCUGAACCCCCUGAUAAACCAAGUCACUCUGGAUUUUGCACCGUCCAAAGGAUUGACACUUUGCCAGUGCCUUCGCCCCGACCAGAACGCUUCAUUGCGCCAGAAUGGGCCCCUAUGGGAUGGGCUUUCCGGCCGAUUUGCCAAACAAUGGCUGGAAAUUGUAUUUGUUGUCUUUGAUCAUAAUUAUAUCUUCUGGGCUGUUUGUAAUCAUACGCCUGAGCCUUCGCUACAAAGCCUCUCAGAUAGGUUGGGACGAUGCUUGCGUAGUUCUGUCACUGGUCAUGUCUAUGAUGGUAUCUGUCUGUAUGCAAUUAGCCGUCGAAAAUGGCUAUGGUAUGCACAAGUCAGACCUCGAGACGGACCAGCUUCGAGUGGCACUCCGAUACUUCUUCCUCGCGCAAACUCCGUAUAAGAUCAGUGUAUGCCUGAAUAAGGUAGCUGUGGUCCUCUUCUGUAUGCGCAUAUUCAUCUCGAGAGCAUUCCAGGUUGCGGCAUACACGAUCAUGGGCAUUGUUGUGGCGUGGAGUAUCGGGGGCGUGGGCGCUACAAUAUGGCAAUGUGUUCCCAUUGCUGGGGCCUGGGACAAAUCGCUAGAUGCGACCUGCAUUGACUCAAACAAGUUCUGGGUGGCUUACGCGGUUAUGAACAUCUUGACGGACUUGAUGGUUCUCCUGCUCCCGAUCCCGUCUAUCGUCAGACUCCAGCUCAAGCCUCGCGACAAGUUGCUCGUGAUUGGUAUCUUUACCAUGGGUGGUUUCGUUACCAUCACCUCGAUCCUCCGAACGACGUCCGUGCAAAAUUCCUUGAAGAACAAGGAAGACAUUACUUUCAACUUCAUACAGAGAGGCAUGUGGACCUUGUUGGAGAUGAACUUUGGAAUUAUCAGCACUUGUCUUCCCACGCUCAAGAAACCUCUGUCCAGCAUAAUGCUGAAGGUGUUCGGGUCAAGAUUUGGCACAUAUGGUACCGGUCUUAGUAACCCGCAAAGGCUCGGCGGCGAUGGUUCUGGUGGGACGGGGAUGGACUUGCUGAGGGGGCGACCAAAUCGCAGGUUAUCUGGCGGAGUUGGAGGAAUACUCAUGAAGACAGACUUUGUCAUCAAGACGAAUGACCGUGGCCGUGCCGGGAGAACAAGUGACGAAGUCGGAUUCGUCGCAAACGCGCAGGCUACGCAUGUUAAAUGA